AACUGGGACGCGCGGCGCAGAGCAGCCCAGCCCAGCCCAGCCCUGGCGGCGGAGACCAGCCGGCGGGAGGCGGUGGCUGCUCUUACCCGGGCCGGUGCAGGGCCUCCGACCUAGCCGCGGCCGAGCGGGGCCUCGGUCCGGGGCGCUGGGGUAGCCCGCCGCGGCGGACAGCAGGAGGAAGCGGCGGCCGCGCGUCCCGAGCGGUGCGCGCCAUGUCGGGCGGGCCCCCCAAGGCCCUGCCGUCCACGGGGCCCCACUCCCUGCGCGACAUGCCGCACCCGCUGGCCGGCUCCAGCAGCGAGGAGGCCGUGGGCGGCGACAGCACGCCCAGCCCGGACCUGCUGAUGACUCGCAGCUUCGGCGACAAGGAUCUCAUUUUGCCCAAUGGUGGUACUCCAGCAGGCACUUCAAGUCCAGCUUCUUCAUCUUCCCUUCUUAACAGACUUCAGCUUGAUGAUGACAUUGAUGGUGAGACCAGAGAUCUCUUUGUCACAGUUGAUGAUCCCAAGAAGCAUGUGUGUACGAUGGAGACCUACAUCACAUAUAGGAUUACCACCAAAAGUACUCGGGUGGAGUUUGACCUGCCAGAAUAUUCUGUUCGUCGAAGAUACCAGGAUUUUGACUGGUUGAGGAACAAACUGGAAGAAUCCCAGCCCACUCAUCUCAUUCCCCCGCUUCCUGAGAAGUUUGUGGUGAAAGGUGUUGUGGAUCGUUUUUCAGAAGAGUUUGUGGAGACCAGAAGAAAAGCUUUGGAUAAAUUCCUAAAAAGAAUCACGGAUCAUCCUGUGCUCUCCUUCAAUGAACACUUUAAUGUUUUCCUCACUGCUAAGGACCUGAAUGCCUACAAGAAGCAAGGAAUGGCACUGCUGACCAGAGUGGGCGAGUCAGUAAAGCAUGUCACCGGAGGCUACAAGCUGAGGAGUCGGCCUCUUGAGUUUGCAGCCAUAGGCGAAUACUUAGAUACGUUUGCACUCAAACUAGGAACCAUUGAUCGGAUAGCCCAGCGAAUCAUCAAAGAAGAAAUAGAGUACCUUGUGGAGCUGAGAGAAUAUGGGCCUGUGUACUCCACCUGGAGUGCGUUAGAGGGUGAGCUGGCCGAACCCCUGGAGGGUGUGUCAGCCUGUAUUGGGAACUGCUCUACAGCCUUGGAAGAGCUGACUGAUGACAUGACAGAAGACUUUCUGCCUGUGCUCAGGGAAUAUAUUUUAUACUCUGACUCCAUGAAGAGUGUAUUGAAGAAGAGAGAUCAAGUGCAAGCAGAAUACGAAACCAAACUGGAAGCUGUGGCUCUGAGGAAGGAAGACCGACCCAAGGUGCCAGCAGACGUUGAGAAAUGUCAGGAUCGGAUGGAGUGUUUCAAUGCUGAUCUGAAAGCUGACAUGGAGAGGUGGCAGAACAAUAAGAGGCAGGACUUCCGCCAGCUGCUUAUGGGAAUGGCUGACAAGAACAUCCAAUAUUAUGAAAAGUGCCUCACGGCGUGGGAGUCGAUUAUUCCACUUCUGCAGGAGAAACAAGAGGCCAAAUAAGUUCCUUUUUGGGACAGAGACUCUCCUACCUACACAGGGCCUGGCUGCCCGUACCAGAAUGUCCCUGCAGUGCCAGAGAGGCGGCGUUGGGAAAACAACCACAGAAACAUCUCUCCUGUGUGCAUUUCAUCCCCUUUCCUCCCUUGUCCCAAAGUCAUUUUUAAUUAAUAUUUAUUCCUUAGUGGAGUCUCUGAGGCUACUAUCAUCUCUCAGCAAAAGCAGCAUACCUCUGUGUUAUGAAGGAACCUAUUAAAUGGAACACUAAGAUUUGAAACUGAGGGACAUUCUGACAUCUCAUUACAGUUUUCCUUUGGGGCAGCUGAGUUGCCUAUUGAAGGAGAGAAUCCAGGUCCUGUUUUUCAAGGAUGUGAGGGAGGUAUGAAUACAGGGCAGCUGUUGCUUCCUAUGGGUACACAGUGGCUCUGGAAUAGGCCUCAGUGGGCACUGACUUGUCUCAGCCUAGAAGGAGGUAUUGGCACGUCCGUGGAAAGUCCUUAAUGUACGGUGGCCUGUAGCCGUGAGUGUCGCCUGCUACUUGCUUAUGAUGAGUGGCACCUGUUUAUUGUUUCUGGUUCAUGACUUAAAUCAGCGCAGAGUCUAUAUGUGUCCAUGCUUGAACAAGCAAGCCGGCAUCUUUAUCCUUAUGCGAUGCAUUGGGAAGCUAAGGGGACUGCUCCCUGAACUUGUUUCUGACACGAGAAUGCAGUCGAUUAGAAACUGUCUUUGUGUAAAAUGGAAAGAAAAAAAAAAGUGCGUCUUUCUCUGUGAAGUUCUUAAAUGUUUUUCUGUUGCUUGUUAAAUGUCAUCAGAGCAGGGAUUAGACCUGUUGGCGGUGUCUGUUGUCUUGAAGUCAGAGUAGUUCCCCGAUGAUUGAUAGCAGUGGACAUUCCAAGCCACCUCCAGUGUCUACUUCGUGCAGUUUGCCUUUAUCUCACCCAAAAUACCUACUUUAAUAUUUCCCACUAUGUCCACUGAAUGUUUGGACAACUUUUUGGUGAGAGGCUGGGAUGUUGUAUUGUUAUGACACAGUCUAAAUUUGUAAACUAAAUGUGAAUGUUCUACAUGAAGUGCUUUAACCCUUAAUAUUUCCUAGUGAGGAAGAAAAAUCAGUACCUGGACAAGCCUCUAAGACAACAUGUAUAACAGGGAACUCUUGGCUUCUAGCUUGGCUAAAAUCUCCUCAAUUGCAGCCAAAUUCCUAGAGACUCCUGGCUGUGUCUAAAGUUUUCACUUCAAAGUAUUACCAGGUUUACUUUUCAAAUCAACAUAAAACAAACAGAUGAAAAGGUUCUAUCUUCCAACUCUUUUUUUUUUCUCCUGAAAUGAAGCUGUGUACAUCAUGUUUGUGUUAUUUCAUCUCUGGCUCAUGCCUGUAAGAUUUUAAAUCUGAACCUCAAAUAAGUGGUAAUAUUUUUUUUUUUCCUAAAUGAAACAGCUGUGCUGAGAUGCUGCUUCAUACACAAGGUGACGUGCACAUACCGGUCAACAUGCAGCAUGUUGAAGUCUCUGGAUUCUUCUGACUGCAGAGUUGACUUUGUAUCAGCCACACUGGGAUGCUGUUGAGGCAGCAGUUGGACGAUCCAGAACACUUGGAUUCUAUUUCAUCAUGUCUGAAAAGUCCCAGUUUAAAUUAUAAUUUUCAUAUCUCUUGGUACUUGCCUGUGCUGUUAGACCUCAUUUGUGCCAGCCUAAAGUCCUCUGAUGUGAAUUUGCAGUUUGGCACACUUAGAAGUGAUUCAUUGGAGUGAAAGGAUAAGAACAAUCCAACUACCCCUCGUGGUGAUUCAGCAUUUCAUUCUACCUCUCAACCCAUCCUGUUGGUGUGGAUAUGGGUUUCCGGGUCUGGUCUGACAGGUUGCUGGUAGAAUCGUUGUGCGUAUCUGGUGAUAAUUGUCAGAAGACACCACGCUGGCCCAGCUGCAAAUGCUCACCUUUGGAGAUGUCUGAAGCUGUGCCUUGUGGAACGUGUGCUUUAAAAAUGUUGCCCAGUGUAAUGAACACUAGAAAGAACUGUGGAAAGACUAAAAACUAGAAUCUGACUACCUGCUAGUUGCCAAAGCCCAGGAACAUUUGUCUGUAAUGGCUACUUGGGAAGGAAGGCAGCCCUUCAAAAAAAAAAAAAAUCAUCUAGUCCUUCCCUGAGAAGAGAUGUGGGGGAGGCAGUGGGGUGCAAAGCCAUGCCCCUGUCAUUAUUUGAGGCAGGGAACUGAAGGGACUCAAGCACCUUGGAAUUUUGUCUUCUCUUUGUUCGGGGCCCCAUGUGGUAUUCCUGUGCUUUGAGACAUGAGAAAGAGCUGAAACAAGGCAAAUCUUUUGUCCCCCAGGCUAGCCAUUGAGAGCAGAGCCAGGAAAACUAGUGCACAUUACUGACUUCCUUGGAGAAAUGGUCUUUCCAGAGAAGGGACCCUUGUCCCUUUCUUUAGGCUGGUAUCAAUGAGGUGAGGAGGCUGGCCCUGAAGGAAGGGGACAGUAGACAGGGAAGGAGGCUCUCCAGCCCUUUGCACUCCCACAGCUCUCUUGGGCUCUCGAGGGUCGGCGGUUCCAAGCAUUUGCCUCUUCAUCUUGAUCAGCACAAAUGUGAUUCCUUUUAUGAAGUGUAACUCGGAGACUUCUGUGCCAAAGACUGCUUUGUGGAGUUUUGUUGCCCCAUCCUUAGCUCCAUAAGGUCGUUGUCCUGAGAUCACAGACUCCUGUCUUAUAUUUAGUUUCCAGGAGUUUUGUGCUUGAGGGCAUGCCUUACCUCUAGACAGACAGACAGGUUUUUGAGGCUUGAGGAGAUUGCUGAGGAAUGGAAUAUUGUCCCUGGCAACUGCUUUCGGCCUGGGAGACGAAAGGUUUCAUUCACCACAGAUUAAAAAUCCAGGUGAAGGUGGAAGAGGGAAUUCCUAAAAACAGCAGAUUUUAGAGAUGUAAGUGAUGUUUAAGAGAGGGAUUCAUAGCAGUUAUGAAGGUUCCUUGUCAAUGCGGUGGAUCUAUAAGAAGAUUCUAAGUUACUGUGUCCUAAGCAAGGAAUCAUUGCUUCUAAAUGAGGAGGGAACACACUACACAGCCAGGUUGGGGUUGGGUUUAUCCUUUAAUAAGGCAUUAAUAAUGAUCCCUGGUGACUUAAAUAAGUGUGAUUAUGGAGGUGAUUGUCUCAGUAUCUCACCAUGCUGCUUGUUGAACUCACCAGGCACCUUUCUUUAGCUGAAAUAACAAAAACCAGCAUGACUCUGGGGACCAUGGUGAAUGUAAGAUAAGUUUGUUUUCAUGCCAAAUUUCAGCCACACUCAGUGUAUUCUGGAUGUUGAAGUGAAUGUGUUCCAGCAUUUUCUUAGUCGCCACGCCGCAUGAGGCAAUUAAAUGCACACCUGCUGCUCGUUUCUUGUGAGGCUGCCUCUUGUGAUGGGACAGUAGGAAGCUCUUCCUUAGAGGAGGGCAUGAUGGCCAUGUGGUAGUCUGCAAGGGGAGUUUCUAGCCUGGGAAGGUACUGGCUCAAGGAUUGCCCAGAGCUUAUGUGACUUGCUCCUGCCAUGGAUAGCAUUGAAAUCACAGGCACCUGCUCUGUUCUGAUGCCGUUCACUGGAUUGCAGAAUAGUCAUUCUCAUGCAUUCUGCUCUGAGCUGAUGAAAGAGGAGGGAAAAUGAGGUCAAGAGCAACCUCCUAGGUCUGUGUUGGCCCCAUCUGUUUGAGGCUUAAGGGGAUUUGGGGUAGUACAGGGACCUACUUUGGUUCAAUAGGGUUGCUGGCUACCCUAAAGGGUGCAUCCUCUCAGAAGAUGGGCUGUCUGUUGUCAGGGCAGGGCACGGCACACCAAUCCCAGACCCCGCUUUCCCAGACACCUACUUAAGGGCCUAUGGAAACUGGGUAAUAUAACUGUAUGCUGGGGCAAAACUGCUUUGGCUGUCCUCAUUUACAAAAUUAUGCUGGGAAUUUGGGUUGGCCUUCUUGUUUUCAAAAGUCCUCAAGAUAACAGAUUGAACAUGCCCGCUCACUUACAUUUUCUCUAUUCAGACAGCAGGUGGCAUUUACCAGUAAAUUUGAGGAAAAUGUCAUCUCCUGGGCCAAACUUACAGAUUGAGCUAGGUGUGUUAGAGUUGUUCUCUUUCUUGUGGUUUAGUUCAGUGAGGAAACUAGGAGCCUGAUUUCUUACCAACCCACCCAACAGUUUGUCACCAUUUGUUUCACUAUUGUCUGGUCCUCCCCAGAG